CCCACACGCAUUCUCUAUCUGUAAAUAUUUGCUCAAAAUCUCUCAUUUUACUCUUCGAACCUUCGUCUAUGGCGGCCAACAGAUUCGCGACCUUGAUCCACCGCAAAACCAACCGGAUCACUCUCGUCCUCGUCUACGCUUUCCUCGAGUGGACUCUCAUCUCUUUCAUCCUCCUCAACUCUCUCUUCUCUUAUUUCAUCCUCAGAUUCGCUGAUUACUUCGGCCUCAAGCGACCUUGCCUCCUCUGCUGUAGACUCGAUCGGUUCUUCGACCCCUCAGGGAAAUCUCCUUCCCACAAAGAUCUCCUCUGCGACGAUCACGUUCACGCCCUCGAGAUUUCUACAGUUCCAUCGAAACCUCUUCUUGAAUCCAAAGGCUCCGUACAAGGUCGUGUUGAAUUCCCAAAGGAGUUGGUCUCUUGUGCUCCGAUCGAGCCUGAUCUGAGGGAUGAUAAAGGUUAUAGCUUUAUUGACACGAAUCUGAUCGGAGAUGAUGUUCAGGUUCACAAUGGUCGGCUUUUCACCGAACGGUCCCGAUCUAUCUUCGUCCUGGAAGAACACGUAGGAUCCGCGCCUCUGAUUGAUUCUCACGAACGAAAUGAACAAGAAACAGAGGAGAAGGAUGUUGAUGAAGAAGAAGAAGAAACAGAGGAGAAGGAUGUUGAUGAUGAUGAUGAGUUCUCUUGCUUUGUAUCAAGUUUCGACUGUAAUAAAGAAGUUGUUGUAACGGAGAAGGAGGAAGAAGAAGAAGAAGAAAACAGAGUGGAUCUAGCUACGGAGGAUAAACCUGCGCCGGCGACGAACCUGGAGUUCUACAUUGACGACCAGGACUGCCAUUUGAUUCCUGUCGAAGAAUUCUACAAACCUAGCGAGGAAGUCCGAGAGAUCUCCGACGUUAACGGUGACUUUAUCCUCGAUUUCGCGGCGGCGCCGGCGGCGGAGGAGGAAGGCGUGAUGUUACCUUCCGACGAGAUCUCCGCGCUUUCCUCGCCGGGAGAAUCGAAACGCGAAGAGGCAGUAACGAAUCAAGGUGCUUUGUUAAUGUCUGUUUGUCCUGAUCAACAACAACAACCUGAACCUGACUUCGCGGCGGCGACGGGGGAGGUGGAACACGUGGGGUUAUCUUCCACGUUUCCCUCGCCGGGAGAAUCGGAACCUGAGAACGCUAAGACGACUCAAGGUGAUUUGCUAAUGUUCGUUUGUCCUGAUCAACAACAACAAUCCGAACCUGACUUCGCGGCAACGGCGACGGCGGAGGAAGACGUGGGGUUAUCUUCAGACGAGGCGGUUCCCUUGCCGGGAGAAUUAAAACAGGACGAGGCUGAGACGAAACAAGAUGAUGAGUCAUUGCAAACGCAGACCGACGACGAAGAAACAGACGCAGACGUUUCAAUAGGCACAGAGAUUCCUGAUCAAGACCAAAUCGGAGAUGACCAAUCCCACGAACUCAUCGUUCCUGAAGACAACGACGACGACAAUGAUCAUGGUAAUCAUACAUUGGAGUUCAGAACUGUUGAUAUUGAGACAAGGAGACCUGUCUUACACGCCAACAAAGAGCGGCUUCUCGAAACUUCAAACUGUCUACACAACGCUAUGUUUCAACUAGAUCGAACAGAACCAGAAGCCAACCUUGAAGGAUCACUCACCGUGGCCAAGCUGAAGUCGGAGUUGGAAGAAGAGAGAAAGGCUCUCAACGCUCUAUACGAGGAGCUGGAGGAAGAGAGGAGCGCGUCCGCCACCGCAGCCAACGAAACAAUGGCGAUGAUCAAUCGAUUACACGAGGAGAAAGCCGCGAUGCAGAUGGAGGCGCUGCAGUACCAGAGGAUGAUGGAGGAGCAAUCCGAGUUCGACCAAGAAGCCUUGCAGCUGUUGAACGAGGUCAUCGUGAAACGAGAGAAGGAGAUUGCAGAGCUGGAGAAGGAGCUAGAGGUCUGUAGAAAGAGAUUGGAAGAGUAUGAGGCUAAAGAGAGGAUGGGGAUGAUGAUGAGGAGAAUGAGAGACUCCUCCGUUGAUUCCUAUCGAAACAAUGAGGGUUCAGAUGAGAACAACGGAGAGUUAGGGCAUAAGAGCGUUGAAGGAGAGAGUGAGAUGGAGAACACCCCCGUUGAUGUUGUGCUUCGUCUCGAUGAGUGUUUAGAUGAUUACGAAGGAGAGAGGCUUUCUAUUCUUGGGAGGUUGAAGUUUCUUGAAGAGAAACUCACAGCUCUUAAUGAUGAAGAGGACAAUGAAGAAGAAGCUAAAGCGUUUGAGAGUAAUGGUAGCAUCAAUGGAAACGGGCAUGUUCAUGAUAAGGAGACCAAUGGGAAGCAUAGAGUCCUCAAGUCAAAGAGACUACUUCCUCUCUUUGAUGCAGUUGAUGGAGAGAUUGGGAACGGAGACCACUAUGAGAACGGUGUUGAUGAAUCGGAGAAAGGUGAGAUUGUUAACGUGGAGGGAGAAGUUGAUGAGCUAUACGAGAGACUAGAAGCUUUGGAGGCGGAUAGAGAGUUCUUGAGACAUUGUGUUGGCUCAUUGAAAAAAGGGGACAAGGGUGUUCAUCUCCUCCAUGAGAUACUACAACAUCUACGUGAUCUCAAGAAUAUUGAUCUAAUUCGUGUAAGAGAAAAUGAAGACAUGAGUUUUUGAGUUUGGGUUUGGGUUUGAGUUUGAGUUCACUCUUAUAUAUAUGCAUGUGGUGGCAUGAAUAGAACAAAUCAUACAGGUUAGGGAGUGACUUUGUUGCUUGGGAGGCAAGGAACAACAAGAAGAGGUCUUAGAUGGAGGAGAAGAAAAUGGCAUAAAAGUCUCGGAUAAAAUAUCAAUCUGAUUCUCUUAUGUUGUGUCAGAUGAGAAUGUCCGUCUUUUCAUUUGUUUUAAUUCUAUUUUUUGGUUUUUAUUAUAAAAAGUGAAGAUUUACUAUAUAAAAAGAGAGGAGUGUGAGCAUAAUUUUUCACUUUUUUAUUUGUCUUUAUGAGUGGUAAUAGAAAAAAAGGUAGAAUGAUGAGUGUAUGUGUGUGUAGUGUAGUGAGUAGAGUAAGGUGAGAUGUUGCUACUAAAAAAAGCCAAAGGGCAAGCUGUCAAAUUCUUGGAUGUUUGUGGCAGAGCUUGGUAUGAUUUCAACAAAGAUGCCAGCUCCAAUGUACAUAAUGGUUUUGUUUUAUUGGACUUUUCAGAACAUUUAGGAACUUUCCGGGUGAGUUUUGAAUCACUGUUUUAUAGGUGGGGUAAGUAACCUCUUCAUUUGUUUUCUUUUGGAUUGUAACUGGUAGCUAUUACUCAUGUAAUUCGCUUUGCAAAGACCUGUCCUUUGUAUCAA